GUUCGGAAAAUUAGGACAGUGCUUUCGAGAAAAAGCCUCACUAAAGUCUGUGUUGAGAAUCUAGCAAAUGUGCAAGGAAAACAGUUCAGGGCAGUCAUCAUGACAGCUGUGCAAACACGUGACAGUCUAAACAUAUCUCACCUACCUGGUCUGGAGCUGUUCAAUGAUGCCCGUGGUGUUGAACACUGCAAUGACUAGGGCUCAGUCCCAGGUGGUUGUGGUUGGAGAUGCUGCCGCCCUCUGUUGCUUUGGAAAAUGUUCAGGAAUCUGGAAGAGCUACAUAGACCACUGCAUCAGAAACAACAGUGUUGCACCACAACAUUUUACAAAAGAUUUCUUCGAAAAAAGAUGUCAUGGAAACUGUAAGGUUUCAAAAACCUGAACACACGGAUGAGAGUAAUACUGUCAAUGAUGCAAUUCUUCAAGAGUUGAAAGAAGAAUAUGAACAGAAAACUGAACUGAAAACAGAAUAUAGUUCUGAUGACAGUUUGGAAUUUGAGGUUUUCCAUCACCACAAGUCAAGAUCAUCAAACAAUGUCACUGAUGUUGACACAGACCUCUCAGAGUUAUGUGGCAAAAAACCAGAGAUGUUCAAGCGAGGAAAGCUUGUCAGGGAGUCAUAUAAUACGGGUUAUGUCAUACCAUUUGAUGACCCCUUCAGACGUAUAAGCAUCAAGGGCAGGGCAAGCCUGGGUAAGGCCUUUACUGGAGAUGAAGUGGUCUUACAAACAAAAAGGGUGGUGAGCAUUACCCAGAAAGCUGAAUCAGCCCGUGUACUUGUGUGCCGGCUUGAGGAUGAUGAUCACAGCAAACCAAGACAGGUUUCUGUUGAUGAAUAUGUCAGAAAGAUAAUGAUUCCCAUUACAAAAUCUGCCACCAAGAUAUGCAUACUGAUCAGCAAGAAAAGACGUAACUUCAUUCCAAUUUGGGAGCAAAUUAAUGGACAGUGGACAAUUAUAGCAUAUGAACAUCUUAAUGAGAACCUGAAACAGAACAAUGUAUUUAUUAUCCAAGUUAUUGGAUGGAGAGACAAUUGUUAUUUUCCACUGGGAAAGAUCAUAAAAAUUUUCCCAGUUGGAAGAUCGUUGGCUGAUGGACUAAGGAUCCUGAAUGAAGAAUUCAAAGUUACACCCAAUACAUGUAAAUCAGAUGAGGGUUUCUCAUGGACAGAUGAAGAUGAGUCAUACAGACGAGACAUACGUGAUGCAAUCACUUUCACUGUUGACCCAAAAGAAGCAAAAGACUUGGAUGAUGCCAUCAGUGUCAAGGACACUGGAGACCAAUUUGAGUUGGGGGUCCAUAUUGCAGAUGUGGCAAGCUUUGUGAGAGUAGGUAGUAAGUUAGAUGAGCAUGCAAGGCAACACGGGACUACAUAUUACUGCAGUGAGGAAAAACCCACCCAUAUGUUCCACGAAAACUUGAGCACUGGAUUCUUCAGUCUUCUAAAGGGUCAAGAUCGCAGGGCACUUUCAAUAAUGUUCAAAGUAAACAAGCAAACAUAUGAGAUCAUUGGAGAGCACAAAUUCCAGUUAUCACUAAUCAAGUCUGAUAGGCAAAUUUCUUAUGAAGAAGCAGAGGAAAUCAUCACCAAGAGAUAUGGAAACAGACUUAAAUGUGACACGGUAGAGGACUGUGUCACAGUGGCUUACUGUUUUGCAAAAGCUCAAAGGAAGAUCAGACUGCAUCUGGACUGGGCUUAUUCUCAACCUGAUGCAAAGAGAUUGCCUGGAAAGCGCAAAGCUCAUUUGAUGAUUGAAGAGCUGAGUGUGUUAUUCAACACACUUGCAUCUAAGACUUUGAUUGACUCAUCAAGAACCAGUUAUGUCACACCUCUUCGCUGUCAGGCAAAACCAAGUCCGGAAAAGAUAGAAGAAUUCCAGAAGAAAUGCGGAAAAUUCAUACCUCUAUCUUUUCAUGUGAGGCAUAAAGUUGACCAUGACGAACAAGCCCCAAACUGUGAAAACUUCCGCAUACUCAAAGAAGUAUGGAAAGAUAUCCAAACAGCUGCCACAACUAACGACAUAGACAAAAUGGUGGACCUGGUUGCUACAGAUGACAUCCACCCUCUGCUCCGGCCAGUUACUGACCAGUUCAGAAAAUGCCCAAGUAAAGCUUAUGUCAUCUGUUCCAAAUCCUCUCCCAAAGCAGAGGUUGGGCAUUAUUCUCUGAAUGUACCAUCUUACACACAAGCAUCUUCACCGAUUCGACGGUACAUGGACAUCAUCUUGCAGAGACUUUUGCAUGCUGUCAUAUGUGACAGGGAUGUACAAUACCGUCAAAGAGAGAUUGCAGUUUUAUGUAAUCAAUUUGAAGAAAACUUCACAAAAGCCAAGGAGUAUGAACAAAAGGCUGAGCAGAUCUUCUAUGCAGUGAGCAUGAAAAAACAAAGUGCUUCAAAGCUAGGCUUUGUCGUUAGCGCAGAUCCAGACAGAGAUAGUUUUGCUGUGUCAUUCCCUUUUAACAAAAACAUGUUUGCAGAGAGUUUAUCAAUAAUGUACAAAGAUCUACAGUUGGAGGACCAACCAUUUUAUGAUGAAACAAAUCACUGCAUCACUCUUAAAUGGAAAAAGCGGAUCUAUGCUGCUGACAGCAUGCAACUUCACCAAGAGUUGAAAAUGGUGCCAGACUGUGGUCCCUGCAUUGAGCUUCCACUGACUACAUGGAAGGCCACAGUUGAAGCGAUUGAUGAAGAAAACUGGGAUCAUGCAAAGUCUCUCAUAAUUAAUGCUAAUACAAAGCAAAUGAAAAAACAAUAUAUUCUGCCACAAUCAUUUGAGGUGCCUCAUUCCAAAACUAACACAUGUUCCUCUGAAGAGGUCCAAGAGGUACUAAGGGAGCAUGAAGUUGACAUCAAAUUCCAUUUGCAACCAGGUGACACCCUUCAGAUCCAAAUGACAUCAGAGGUAAAAAGAGGUUAUCAGAUGCCUGCUGUUCAGUUGGUGCAAAUUAAGCCAAAGUUUGAGAUUUGUGUGGACCAUGUCCACAACCCUAUCACAUGCUUCUCCAAAUCUGCAGAUGAUCCAUCAAGGAUUUGUUAUAGUGACACCAAGGAGUACAUAAGAAUCUGGAAACCACUGUGUGAGAUGGAAUCUGCUGCCACUGCAGUGGAUGAAAGUGACAGCAUUGUCAUUGAAAACCUGGAGGUAAACUUCAGUCAAGAGCGAGAGGGCACACUAACAGGAAGCUUCUUCUUACCUCAGACAUGGAUCAACACAUGGGCUAUUGAAUGCAACCUUUCCAAGUGUUUACUGUGCAUACGGAAAAGAGGGUUGAAAUUGACUUCAACUGUGGAGCUUAACGCACUGGUGGAUCCCAGAGAGUUUACAUGGGUGGCCCAUGGUGUCACAAUCAAAGUAGAAGAACGGAAAAACUCUACAAAUGAUGGAAGUAAAGUGGGGUUCUAUGUCAAUCACCUGCCAAUGGAAAACAUUCCUGAUUGUGUGUUUCAAAAAAACACACGUUUCACAGUUGAAAUAAUCCCAAAGCUCUUGCCUGAUGUCCGGAAAGAAACUGCUGUGGUCAGCAUUAUGUCUGCAUGUGAUCUUGUCAAGCAAAUAGCACUUGGACAACGUAUUCCAAAAGAGGUAAAAAACACGUGGCAUAUUGUUAGGAGUGAGCUACCAAAUGGACUGCCAUCCCUUAACCCGAGUCAACGUAAUGCUGUGGAUAAAGCUCUAAAUAAUACCUUCACACUUAUACAGGGACCACCUGGAACUGGAAAGACAGUAGUAGGUGUGCACAUAGUGUACCGUUUCUUUGAGCUGAACUCUAAGAACCCAAGGAAAUUUGAUGAUCCAAAGGAAAGAAACAGGAAACAAGUUAUUCUCUACUGUGGCCCAUCCAACAAGUCUGUUGAUGUUGUUGCAGAGUUCCUGCUGAAGCUUAAGAACAGCCUAAGGCCCCUCAGAGUCUACAGCCAACAAGUGGAGAUGCUUGAUUACCCUUGCCCAGACUGCAACCUACAGUUUUCCCGUAGGACACUUCGCCAAGAUCGUUCCAAACCAGAACUCAGGAGCAUCACCCUGCAUCACCGCAUGCGUCAAGACCAAAAUCCUCAUUCGGAUCAAAUAAAAGAUUUUGACCAACGCAUUAGACUUGCCCUUGAGAAAAAAGGAAAAGAGCUGACUGCUCAGGAGUUGAAGGAUUACAAAAAACUUCUCAGAGAAGCUCGGACAUAUGAGCUUGAAAGGCAUGACAUCAUAUUGUGCACAUGCACACAGUCUUCCACCCCAAGCUUGACUAAGACUGUCAGUGCACGUCAGAUCCUAAUCGAUGAAUGUGGAAUGGCCACUGAACCUCAGGCCCUGAUUCCAUUGGUCUGCAACAAACCAGAGAAGAUUGUUUUAAUCGGUGACCACAAACAGUUACGACCUAUUGUGAAGAAUGAGCAUGUGAGGAAGCUGGGGAUGACCAAGUCUCUGUUUGAGCGCUACUAUACAAUGCAUGAGAAGAGGGCAGUGAUGCUGGACACCCAGUACAGAAUGCAUGAGGACAUAUGCAAGUUCCCAUCAGAAGAAUAUUAUGAGGGUAAGCUGAAAACUGCAGUGACGCAGCCGAGCAGUGUUCUGCGUGUUGAUGAGAGGACAAUGCCAAUCGUUUUUGGGGAUGUCAAAGGAAAGACCAUCAGUCUGGUUGUCAACACUGCCAAGGGCAAUGAAAACUCUAAAGCUAACAUGGAAGAGAGAAACAAAGUGAUUUACAUUGCUGAAAAACUGGUGAAGACUGCCAAAAUUGAACAGCAAAGUAUUGUGAUUUUAUCACCCUACAAUGCCCAAGUAUCAGAGAUAAGAGAUGAGCUAAAGAAGAGGAAAAUGGAUGAAAUCACUGUUACUACAAUCACUAAAAGCCAAGGAAGUGAAUGGCGUUACGUCAUCCUAUCUACAGUGUGCUCUCUGCCAAGUGAGGAGAUUGUGAGUGAGCCAGACAGAGCUUGGCUGUCCAAACACCUGGGCUUUGUGGGCGAUCCCAACCAGAUAAAUGUGGGCAUCACAAGGGCCAGGGAAGGACUGUGCAUCAUUGGUAACCAAGAGCUGCUGUGCUGCAGCACAGCUUGGAGAAAGCUCCUGGACCACUACAAGCUUCACAACGCAGUGACAGAUGCAGAAAAGAUUUCAGUUCAUUGUGCCUGACAGCUGAUCACAUCUAUUCUUUUUUGAGAGUUCUACAAACAGCAUAGGUCCCCAACUUACGUAACAGCACCAGUUUAUGAAAUAUGUAUAUAUUUUUUCUAUGAUGUCGCAACUACUUUUCAUGUACUUUUAUUGCAGUUUUAUAACAGACUUUGGAUUUUAUAUUUUUGUUACAGUAUUUUAAAAUAUCGAAUAUAAGAGUGGUUGUAGACUACAAUAAAUCCUAUCACACAGUGCUUAUCUUAAAUAUGGACAGCUGACAGAGUGCAGCUCUUUUCUGGAUCUUUUAAUUCAUGUUUAGGUUCAGCUGACAUAUAGAGAAUUACCACUGUUAUUAUUCCUGUUUGUAUGAGUCAGCUAUUUUUUUUCAUUGCAGGACAGUUGGUCUUAAACUGCCUCACCAUUCAGUGAGCCCAGUGUGUUUUUUUAAAGUUUUUUAUGUUUCACAUUAUGUGUUUUUUUUUUAACUAGGGGUACAAUAGGAGCACCAGAGCUGCUGCCCAUUGACCACAGCAGACCUGUGCUCUUACAUUUAAAAUUGCCAAUGACUAGACAUUUAUGAUUUUAAUUUUGUUUUAGCCCAGGAAUUGGAAUUCAUGGGAUUUACUUGAAUUUUGUUUCAGAAGAUAGUUUAUUGUAAGCAAGGAAUAGAAGUCAGUUUGGUUGUGGCCAGAUGCGCACCUGUUCCAGCUAAAACAGACAAAAGGCACUUUGAUCAUAGGUGUGCUUGAGCAACCCUGUCUCUGAGAAAUUAAGGUUUUU